ACCUCCGAUGACCCUCCACCGCCUCCGGUCUUCACCCUGGAAGACCGCGUCGAUUUCUCCCCCGAACCCGCCAUCCAUGAGGUACCGAUAUCGCCCGAGACGAAAACCCCGACGCCGACACGAAAUUACUUCUCUACCCCUUCGCCGAUCAGGACGAGGGCGGCGAUGGAGAGGAGUGGCGGCGUGGCGGCGGAGAAGAGCGUUGCGGGUGGGGGAAGGUGGGCCCCGCCGGUGAGAGAGGAGAAGGGGUCGCCGGUGGAUGGAGUGGUGACAUCUUCGUCGGCGUUGGUUAUGGUCCCGCCGGCGAACCAGGGGGUCCUGACGAGGGACGGGAUGUUGGGUGAGGAGGAGUGGAUUACAGUUUAUGGUUUCUCCCCUGGGGACACCAAUCUGGUGCUUCGUGAGUUUGAGAAAUGUGGUGUAAUAUUGAAACAUGUCCCUGGUCCAAGAGAUGCUAACUGGAUGCACAUUCUCUAUCAGAACCGGUAUGAUGCUCAGAAGGCUUUAGCAAAGAAUGGUGCACAACUAAACAGCGUUCUCAUAAUCGGUGUGAAGCCUGUAGAUCCAAGCCAACGUCAAUACUUGAACGAGAAGGUCAGCAUCAACUCCAAUGGAGGUUUCAUGGGUUCUUUACCCUCACAGUCUGCAUCAAAGAGAUCUUCAACCCUGAGCUCAGUGCCCUUGGUUAAAGAUGGUGGUGGGCAUCGUUCAACUGGAGCUGUUGCUUCUCCGGUAAAGUCGGUUGUGUCCAGAGUCAUGGACUUGAUGUUUGGGUUGUGAGUAGGAAGAAAGUAUACAGUGGACCGGGCCCUAUAUAGUGAUCCAAAGGUUCUCUCUUGUUGGCUGACAUCUAGGCAAGCAAUAGAUCCAGUAUUAUAAAGUUUCCAGCGAGUUGAAGAUAUAAUGACGGAAGGAUUAUUAGUUUUUGAAGGAAGCUAUGCCAAAAUUCUUUUCUUCCAAUGGGUGCAGAUAUAAUAAAGUGCUAUUGAUGUAGAGCAGAAGUUAACGCGGGAUCUUAAUCGAUUGAGAAGAAAUUGUCGGGGUUUAUGCUUUGUAUAAUUUAUGUUUCGAGCUGUUAAAUAUUUGUAUUGAGUUCAAAAGAUGUGAAUUCUGAGCUGAUUAAGUAAGAUUUUCAUAUUUUGAA